AAUUCUGGGAAAAACAAAACACUACGACCAAAUACAGCGUAAAAUCUAUUAUUUUCAUCAGAUUGGUGUUGACUGGGGGAUCUGUUGAAGACAGACGAAGAGUAAAUGGCGACCUCAGCCCGGAAGAAGGUUUCUGUCACGUUUGCAGGGGACGACGAUGUGGUCAAUCACAUUGUGUAUGCGGAGGAACGUCAGUCCGACUUACGACUGCGAAAAAGGUCUUCAGCUUCAAGAUCAGGAAGUUACAGAAAUACAUCAAAGAGUAAAAAUAAUGAAAGUGAUGGUGACAGUGAUGAGGAAAAUUUGGCCACACCCCUUUUUGGCCCACUUCAGGAUGACAAUGUCUUUGUCCAAGGAGCUGAUCUUUUCCAGUUUAAAAGCACUAAAAAGUCUGACCAAAUGAUACUGAAGGCUAAUGAAGCUAGGACUCCCAGAUCUAAGUCUCAGAGUGAACCAACUCCGAAAUCUAAGUCUUUGAGGAAGCAAGCAGCACAAGGUUCCAGUGUAAACCAGAAGACACCCGUCAAAAGAAAAACAGGACAGAAUGGGAAGAGAAUUGAAGCCACCACGCCUUUCAGGUUAAGAAAGAGAAAUCAUCUAGAAGGUGAUGACUCCUCAGAUGACAGUAUUGACUCCCUCAGUGAGGAAGGGGAAGAUUGGAAAGGAUCUAAGGAGGCUCACCCCCCAACGCCCUCUGCACAAUCCACACAGAGGACGCCUAGAAGACGCCCUGUAGUUGAUGACGGUCACAUGCCAGACAUGGUUGGGGAUUACUUUGAGAUUCAGAGUGGAGGCCCAGGGCCUACAUCAGACAGAACUCUGGCCAAACUUGGCGCUUCUCGCAUGAGUGAAUCGGCACUUUCCAACAUUCUUCAGUCUGUUCUUACAUCUCACAAGAGGGAGUGUGCUCAGCUAGUGGAACAACAUGGUCAGCUGUUCAGUCAGUGGAUGUACCAGAUGUGCAACGGGUUCAACUUGCUGUUAUAUGGCCUGGGAUCUAAACGCUCUUUAAUGGAGGAGUUCAGAGUAAAAAUAUUACACGAUUUCACUCACCUGGUUGUCAAUGGUUACUUCCCAAGUCUCACAAUGAAACAGAUUCUGAAUUCUAUAACAGAGGAUAUCUUAGACCAUUCUGCCAACUUUAGGAAUCCUUUGGACCAGAUAGAUUUUAUCAAGCAACAUUAUACAUCAGAAGGUUAUGAGGAUGUCUACAUUAUCCUGAACAACAUUGAUGGCACCAUGUUAAGGGCUGAGAAGACACAAACCAUGCUGAGUGUGCUGGCUCAGAUACCAGGCUUCCACAUCAUAGCUUCUAUAGACCACAUCAACGCCCCACUGAUCUGGGACCAGAUGAAGUGCAGCCGGUUUAAUUGGCUGUGGUACGAUGUGACGACCUACUUACCUUACACGGAGGAGACAUCCUACGAGAACUCGCUGUUGGUGCAGCAGACCGGUGCACUGGCCCUCAGCUCUCUCACCCAUGUCCUUAAGAGUUUGACACUCAAUGCAAGGCGCAUAUUUCUGCUACUCGCUCACUUUCAGAUGGAUAACAAACCAGGAAACCCUGCAUACACAGGAAUGUCUUUUCGUGAUAUGUACCAGAGGUGUAGAGAAAGCUUCCUAGUGAAUAGUGAUCUUACUCUGAGGACACAGCUGACAGAGUUCAGGGAUCACAAACUUAUCACCUCCAAGAAGGGUCAUGAUGGAAUGGAGUACCUGCUAAUUCCAGUAGAAACAGCCACAUUGUCAGAGUUCCUGGAGACACAAGAAGACCGUCUGACCCAAGACUGAAGAGCUGGCUUCUGUCAACAUUGUUAUAUACAGGACACAAAAAAAAGAUAGUUGACUUAGCUAUGUGCAGAACUGUACACCUGUUUGCUGUCAACACUGUCAUGCACAUGUGCAUAUGGAUCUGGUGACUUGUGCAUAUGCAGGACUGUGCACCUGUUUGCUGUCAUCUGCAGUACAUAUGGGACAGGUGACUUGUCUAUGUACAAGACUGUACACUUGUUUGCUGUCAACACUGUUAUCUACAGUAUGUAUGGGACAGGUGACUUGUCUGUAUGCAGGAUUGAACACUUGUCUAUAUGCAGUAUAUUCUUGAGUAUGGCGUAAAACACCAAUCAAAUAAAUAAAUCUAUAUGCAGAACUGUACACCUGUUUCCUGUCAACACUGUCAUCUAUGGUACAUAUGGGACAGGUGACUUGUCUAUAUGCAGGACUGUGCACCUGUUUACUGUCAACACUGUCAUAUACAGUACAUAUGGGACAGGUGACUUCUCUGAAAGCAGGACUGUGCACCUGUUUGCUGUCAACAGUGUCAUCUGCAGUACAUAUGGGACAGGUGACAUUUCUAUAUGCAGGACUGUACACCUGUUUGCUGUCAUCACUGUUAUCUGCAGUAUAGUACAUAUGGGACAGGUGACAUCUGUUUGCUGUCAACACUGCCAUCUGCGGUACAUA